AUGGAACCAGCGUAUCAACCCUCUGACCUGGACCGUUUUCACCAAACGGAAGAGGAGGUCUUCCGGAUGUCUGGUGACAUCGCAUCGUUAAUCCAGAUCAAACACCAGCGACAGCAAGAUCAACUGACUCAGGUGAUCCAAACUCUCACCAAACUUGCAACUCCAUCGUCACCACAAUCCAACUGUCUGGUUCCAGAAGCCCCAGUUCCCGUAAACCCAGCCUUGGCUAUUGACGCUCCCGAGCCCAAGAUUGGAAACCCUGAACGCUUUAACGGCGAUCCAACUCAGAGUCCCGCAGACGUCACUGUAGAAGAUCUUCACCCUGAGAACCCCGACCCCAUCCACGUUAAACAGGAGGAGGAGUCCGACAUGCCGUGGAUCAAACAAGAGGUGGAGCCAGAGACCCCUGACAUUAAAGAAGAAAAACAGGAAGUUGAAAUCCUCAAGUUUCCAAUGGGUGUCGGUGUGAAGAGCGAAGAAGACAAAGGACCAAGCGAAGAGAGCGGAGCAGCGAACCCUUUGAGAGACGGCUCAUUUCAGCACGUGACAACAAAAGGAGAGGGACGAUCGCAACCGGACGGCCUCUCAGCUCCUCUUUCGGACAGCGACGAAAUAACGUCACAUUCUUCUGACUUUGAUACUGAGGAGGAGGAGGAUGACUUUGACCAAAAUGUUUCAAACCCCUUAGACAAGUCGUCAUUUAAAAGAGACUCAAAAGAAUGUACGGCAAGUUUAAACAUUCACACAAGAACACACACUGGAGAGAGGCCUUUUGCCUGUACAGUUUGUGGUAAAAGAUUCAUCCAGCAGUCAAAAUUAGUAUUUCACAAAAGAACACACACUGGAGAGAAGCCUUUUACCUGUACACUUUGUGAUAAAAAAAUACUCCACAAAGGCAAAUUCAUCGAGAAGGCAAAAUUAGUAUUUCACACAAGAACACACACUGGAGAGAAGCCUUUUACCUGUACACUUUGUGGUACACAAUUCGCCCAAAAGGUAAGUUUAAAAAUUCACUCAAGAACACACACUGGAGAGAAGCCUUUUGCUUGCACACUUUGUGGUAAAAGAUUCACCCAUCAGGGAAAUAUAAACAAACACACAAGCACACACACUGGAGAGAAGCGUCAUGCCUGCACAAUUUGUGAUAAAAAAUUCUUCUCAAAGGCCGAUUUCAACAUUCACACAAGAACACACACUGGAGAGAAGCCUUUUGCUUGCACACUUUGUGGUAAAAGAUUCACCAAUCAGGGAAAUUUAAACAAACACACAAGCACACACACUGGAGAGAAGCCUUAUGCCUGCACACUUUGUGAUCAAAAAUUCUUCAGGAAGGCAAAUUUAAAUAGACACACAAAAACACACACUGGAGAGAAGCCUUAA